CACUUUGUUCUUGGCUGAAGGACUCCGCUCUCAUUCCAUUUCCAAAUCUUUGCCAUGUACAGAAUGGUGACUAUAACUGAAUAUCCAGACAGAGGAACCGUCCUAAUUAGAUUAAAACAUGAGUUCUGACACGCAACAGGCAGCCAAUACCAAGGUGUAAUAAACUCACACAUCAUCAAUGAUAAUUAUCCUAACAGUCUAUUUGUGCUUUCAUCUUGCCCACAGGCUGAGUAAGAUCGCAUCAUAUUGUAAAGAUGCCAGCUGGUGUGUCGUGGGCUCGGUACAGCCGUUUUUUGGGAGCCAGUGUUCUGGCCAUGUUUGCAGGAGCACAGGUCGUCCACCAAUACUAUCUCCCUGAUCUGAGUAUACCAGAAGUUCCACCAAAGCCUGGAGAGCUUCGCACUGAACUACAUGGUUAUAAAGCUAGAGAAGAAGCUGCUGCUGCUUUAAAAAAGCUAAAAGAGGAACAAAAUGUGGACUGAUUUCUUUUGAAGACAUCUUGCUGUUCUCAACAUUACUUACUAAAUGCUGCAAUGUACUCUGGGAGGAUAUCCUCUCAGGUUCAACAACAAUGUAUAUGUUUCUUUAUUUUACUUAAUGUAAUUUGCAAAGAAUAUGUUUUGAUAUC